CGGCGACUACAACAUCAAGCCCAACUACUGCUGCAUCAAGCACUACCAAUUCUUCAACUAUUCUGCCCAGUAUGACAUUAGAUAAUAAUCCGAACUUUAGUUCUAAUGAAUCGACUGAAACUGAGAGCACUGAGAAUGCAGUAAAUACUAUGAGUAAAAUGAGUAUUAUUGCAGAUUUAGUGCGCAAUACGAGCACAGCCAUCAUCAAAAUUGGUAAAAUUCAAGGAGUGUUUGCUAAACUGACACAAGAAAAUCAGGAAAACAAGAACUUUGUCUUCACAUCAAGUGGAGAUGUAAAGAUUUCAUCAGAAAGCAAGAAUUUGGAGACAGACUACAGUCUAUCAGUUCAUCUUCCUAAAGAAGCCAGUGAAAUGGCUGUGAAGGAAAAUGGCUCCUAUAUUGGAAUCUUGCUUUUUCCUGGAAUUCCUAAGCUCAAUGCAACAAGUUCUUUCUUUAAUAAUCAAAUCCUGGGGAUUGAGAUGGGAGUGAAAAUAUCUAACCUUUCAGAGACCAUCAAUAUUCAGUUCAGUAACGUGAAUACGACUGGAUUGAGUGUUUCUUGCGUAUCAUGGGAUGGGAAAAGUAACCCGACAGAUGGCGCACGCAAAUGGAUCACAGAUGGCUGCAAAACAAUAGAAGUCAACAGCAGCAUCACAUGCCAAUGCUCUCACCUUACCUUUUUUGCUAUUCUUAUGUCACCAGGGAAUAAAAAUAUCAGUUCCUCUGACUUGAAAACCCUCACCCAAAUCACAAAAGCUGGCUGUGGCAUAUCUUUGUUCUUCCUGGGUGUGACUCUCUUCAUGCAUUUUCUUGUAAGGAAAAAUAAAGCCAGUGAGGCUGUAAAGAUCCUCAUGAAUCUCUUUGUCGCCCUGUUCUUCCUGAACCUUUGCUUCUUGGUAAAUGAGUCAAUCGCUAAACUGAAGGUCUCAGCAGCAUGCGUGGCGAUGGCAGCGGCUCUGCACUACAGCAUGCUGGCCACAUUCACAUGGUUCUUCAUGCAGGCUUUGCACCUGUACUUGAAUCUACACCAGAUCUCCACAGACAUUAAAUAUUACAUAUGCAAGAUUUGCCUCACGGGAUGGGUCAUUCCCGCUCUGCUUGUGAUUGGACUUCUUGCCUCUAAUAACUAUGGUAACGUGGAAAUUUAUGAUGAUAAUGGGACUUCAGUAAGCAUGUGUUGGAUCACUGACUCUACCAUACACUUGGGAGUGAACAUUGGUUACUAUGGAAUUGUGUUCAUCUUCACCUUAACCAUAUUCCUUGUAACUGUAGUGCAGAUCACUAAAUUUGCAUCUAAAGCAGACAACAGGGACAAAGUCUCUACCAAGAAGAGGUUUUUCUCUCUUCUGGGUCUUUUUUGCCUUUUGGGCAUCGGCUGGGGAUUCGCUUUUUUCAGCUACGGCCCUCUGCUCCUUCCCUCCUACUACAUCUUUACCAUCUUCAACUCCUUUCAAGGAUUCUUCUUGUUCGUUUACUACUACUUCUCCAGCAGAAUUCGCCCAGAGGACAGAAAACUAUCCGAGAACAGCAGCCGCGCCACGGAGAAUGUGUACAUCACAUCUCCUUAUGCAUAAGCUCCUAAUUCUUCAAUGUUUUGUUUCUCUCACCAAAGUGGGCAUGGAAAUGUGUUAUGGCAAAAUUGAAAUCUAAUACCAAAAGUA